UACUUCCUCCCCCUCUAUCUCUCUACAUUUUCCCCAGAAAUAGAGGAAACUAAAGGACCUUUCUCUCUGUACUCCUCUCACUUGAUAAGAUCAUAUCCCACACACGUAACAAAGAAGAUUGUUGUAUAUUCAUAGCUGAAGAAGAAUGGCAAAGGAUCAAUUACAAGUGUUGAAUGCACUUGAUGUAGCAAAGACACAAUGGUACCAUUUUACGGCGAUCAUAAUCGCCGGAAUGGGAUUUUUCACCGACGCUUACGAUCUCUUCUGCAUCUCUCUUGUCACCAAGCUCCUUGGACGCAUUUACUACCACGUCCCAGGCUCUGCGAAGCCAGGGACUCUCCCUCCCAACGUUGCUGCUGCCGUCAACGGUGUUGCCUUCUGUGGAACCCUAGCUGGUCAACUCUUUUUCGGGUGGCUUGGUGAUAAGCUCGGGAGGAAGAAAGUUUAUGGUAUGACUUUGAUGGUCAUGGUCCUCUGCUCCGUAGCCUCUGGUCUCUCUUUUGGAGACAAGCCAAAAUCCGUGAUGGCCACGCUAUGUUUCUUUAGGUUUUGGCUAGGGUUUGGGAUCGGUGGUGACUAUCCUUUGUCCGCAACGAUCAUGUCUGAAUACGCUAACAAGAAGACACGUGGCGCGUUCGUUUCAGCUGUUUUCGCUAUGCAAGGGUUUGGGAUCAUGGCUGGUGGAAUCUUCGCUAUAAUCAUCUCCUCUGCUUUUGAAGCUAAGUUCCCUGCACCGGCCUAUAAAGAUGAUGCCGAUGCAUCCACGGUGCCUCAAGCAGAUUUUGUGUGGCGUAUAAUCUUGAUGGUUGGUGCUAUCCCUGCUGCAAUGACGUAUUACUCAAGAUCCAAGAUGCCUGAAACCGCAAGAUACACGGCGUUGGUUGCUAAGGACGCAAAGCAGGCUGCUUCAGACAUGUCUAGGGUUUUGCAAGUGGAGAUAGAGGCAGAACAGGAGAAAGUGGAACAGAUCUCGAGUAACAAGUUUCUUGCUAAGGCGUUUGUGAGUGGUUAG